AUGGAUGUUAAAAAGAUGAGUCCGAGAUCAAUUUCAGGAGAGACAAGAAGUAAAAAUGUUUCAGCAUCCUCUAUUUUUCAUGGGCUUAAAAGGGAACGAUGUCCUUCAGGAACAGUCCCUAUUCGAAGAAUAACUAGAGAAAACUUGGUUAACGCUAAAUAUUUUGCAAAGAAAGUCGAUCAAAUUCAUGCAAACGGUUUUCCAAACUUGGGUUUCCGUUUUGUCUCUGCAGAAGAAAUCAUUCGUGGGAAAAGAUAUUUCGGAGGCGCAGCUUCUAUGUCUUUACAUAACCUUACAGUGGAUCCUGACCAAUUCAGUACUUCACAAAUUUGGAUUGUGAAUUCUCCUACUACGGAUCAAAUGAACGCCAUCGAAUUCGGAAUAAUGAAAAAUCCAAGCGUAGUUGGUGGUAAUCUCCCUCGACUAUUUGGUUAUUGGAUCGUUAGAAAUGGACACCGGAUUACUGGUUGUUAUAAUAUGGCGUGUGAAGGCUUCAUCCAGACCCACCCUACUAUAUACAUCGACCAACCGUUUUUGUACUCGUCAAUAUAUGGCCACAUAUCAUAUGACGUGCAUAUUAUGGUAUACCGGGCCCAAGAUCACUGGUGGUUAAGAAUGGGAGGGACUGCUGAAAGAAGUGAAAAUGUAGGAUAUUGGCCUAAUGUAAUCUUUACGACUUUAAGAACCAAUGCAUCAGCUGUACGAUAUGGAGGAUAUGUAGGUUCAAUGUCUGAAGCAUCAACUCCACCGAUGGGAAAUGGAUUUUUACCUCAAAUUCAGAACUUUAACACGACAGCUUACAUGAGACUAAUGAAGUAUGUCAACGAGGAAGGAGCAUCUGUUGACCUAAACUCACAUUCAGUGCUAACCAAUAAUGGAAGAGUACCACAAUGCUACAACAUUAUGUUUGCUGGUCAAAUAGGAGGGGAAUGGAAUAAUACUAUCGCGUACGGUGGACCUGGUGGGUACUGUAAGUAG